AUGACAGCCGACUUUAGAAGGCGAUCAGCGACAGGCCGUCCCAUUGGCCGUGGUGCCGCCUUGGGCCUGUGUGCGCGAGUAGGGCGCCCUGUCAGAAGCUGGCGUGCGGCGUGCGGCCGGCGUACGGGCCUCCGAGCCGUCUGCGCGCGGGCCAUGGAUCCUCCUGCGGCGCGGGUAGAGUCGCUGCUGCUGCUCGCGCCGGUCACCGCCCUGGAGUGUGUGGGGGACCGAGUCCUAGCAGGUGAAGGGCCUAACCUACUCAUCUAUUGCUUGGAAACUGGUGGACAGCUUGUAGUAGCCCAGUUUGUGCCAAGUGUCCUCUGUCAUUAUUACAUCCACGGCAUCAGGGAACUUCAGAGCCCAGCACCUACACAGGCAUCAGAGACAACCUUGGCUGUCUUUGGAAGCAAAGGCCUCCGUGUGCUGACGUUGAGCUGGGGACAGGAAGCAGUGAAGCUGACGUGGCUCUCCCAGCUUUGUGAGCUUCAUGACUGGAUCUGGGAUCUUCACUGGGUCCAGGGCCCUGGAAAAGCCUCUUCUGCUCUGGCCCUGGCCCUGGGACACAACUCAGUGGUCCUCUAUGACCACAUCCGUCAGCAGGCCUUGCAAGAGGUACACUGUGAUGAGAUGUGUAUUAUCUAUUCUGCUUGCUUGGUAGGGAAGGACUGGCAGGAGCUGGUGCUAGUUGCUGGGACUGUCUUUAACCAGCUUGUGAUUUGGCACCCAGCUGAUUUCACUAGUGAGGAAAGAAGAGUCAAAGUAGAAAGAAGGAUAAGUGGGCACAGCGGGGUCAUCUUCAGUAUCUGCUACAUGGAGAGCAAGGGCCUUUUGGCUUCGGCCUCUGAUGAUCGGAGCAUUCGGGUCUGGAGAGUGGGGGACCUGAGGGCCCCUCACAGCUUAGUUCAGUGUAUCCUGGUAUGUUACGGUCACCAGUCCAGGGUGUGGUCUGUCCGGCUCCUCGACAACUAUAUCAUUAGCAUUGGAGAGGAUUCGGCUUGCAUUGUAUGGAAUUACAUUGGUGAAAUAGUUCAGACCUUUAAAGGACACAAAGGUCGUAGCAUCAGGGCUGUGGCCAUCCACAAAACACAGGCCUGGGUGAUCACAGGUGGAGCUGAUUCUGGCAUUAGACUUUGGCCCCUUAAAGGGAACAGGCUUCUGGGCAAUGGUGUCUCACCACUUAGCUUUGGCUUAUUUACAAAGAAGGGAUCUCCAAAAGCCUUAACUCUAGUCAGUCCUUCAUGGCUUCUCGUGAUGACUGAUGUUGGAGCCAUUUAUCUUUAUGACUUGACAAUUAAACAGUGGAAGUUCAUCUUGGAGGAUAUCAAUUACCAGUCUUACAGUUUGCUGGAUGCAGUUCAGCUACUUGGUGGCAGUGUGAUAUGUGCGCUAGGGAACCUAGAGGGCCACAUUAAAAUAUUUCCCCUCCACUACCCACAAGAGGCAAAGGAACUGAAGAUUUAUAAGGGGAAAGUUCACGGCCUGAGCUGGGUCCCCCGCCAGCCCCAGGAUCCAGGAAGGAAUGAUUUGUGCUGUGCUCUUUUUGCUUCUGGCCCAGAGGGUGUCUUGUUGUGGUUAGACGUCUUGUUCUGCCCUUCAGGAAGGGUGGUCAAGGUGAUGGAGCAGCGUCGCUAUAUCCUGCCCCUCUGCAAACAAAGAUGGCACACCUGCCUCACCUUCUUACCCCAAGGGGACUUCCUUGUGUGUGGCGACCGCCGGGGCUCUCUGCUGUUGUUUCCGUGUGGAGCAGGCACUGCUGAACCAAGUGGGGAAGAGCUAGGAGGAAAGGAGAGUGGCAGCAGUGCUGACAGUGACGUGGAUCAUGGGCCCAAUCAUUCUCUCACCCGUGAGGUGGGGGCCCCCGUUGACCUUCUGUUUGGGAUUCAUGGGAAGCAGGGUGUCACCUCAGUGACUUUCCACAGGGGUUAUGUUUACAGUACAGGCAGGGAUGGCUCCUUCCAGCAGCUCUGUGUGCAGGGCGGACGGCUCCAGCCACUAUGGAAACAAAAACCUUGCAAAGGCAUGGACUGGGUGGCUGGGCUCAGCUUUGCCCCUGAUGGAAACCUGCUUGUCCUUGGCUUCCAUUCUACUGACUUUGUAGUCUGGAGCCCAAGGACCCAUGAGAAGCUUCACAUAGUACCCUGUGGUGGAGGCCACCGCUCCUGGGGCUAUGCCCGAACUCCAGCCACCGUGGUCUUUGCCUACAUCAAGACUGGAGAUGUCAUGGUGUAUCAGGCUCAGGAGGAGGGCAGCUGUUGCCAAGCAGUCCUGAAGGAGUCCCUGCAUGGCCGAGAACUCACCUGUGUGAGGUACAUUGGAGCUGUGAGGACUCAGGAGGGGGGCAACACCAUAGACAUCCUGGCCACGAGCAGUGAAGACACAACUGUGAACAUCUUAGCUUUUGUAGCUGCUUCCUCCAGAGUCUUUUUGCUUGCCACCAUCAAUAACCACAUCUCCAGUGUUCGGACCCUGACACUGUGUGGGGCAAAUACUACUGGAGGAGAGUCACAGGCAAGACUCCAAAGCCUCCUUUUCUCUGCUGGUGGUAGGGCUGAGAUGCAAUGCUAUCGACUCCUGGUCGCUGCAGACCUCAGCGCCCAGGCAGGACUUACCUGCCAGGUCACUCAUCUGAUUUCUCACCGGCUCGAUGAGCUCUGGGACCGCCAGAAGAACAAGCACAAGGUUGUCAAGGUGGACCCUGAAACCAGGUACAUGUCCAUUGUUGUGGUGACCAGUCCUCAGCAGUCUAGUCUUGGCCUUGUCCUGGCUGCAGCCUGUAGUGAUGGAUCUGUGAGGCUCUUUCUCGUGGGUGAAUUAGCUCAGAAACUGCAGCUCUUAGCGGAGUCCUUUUACCAUCGGCGCUGUGUCCUGAAGAUCCAGACACUGACAUAUGAGGCAGAGACUGGAACAAGAUGUGUGGUCCUGUGCAGUGCUGCCACAGAUGGAAGCAUUGCAUUCUGGGACAUCACUGCUACCUUAGACCAUGCCCUUAUGGUCAUAAAAUCACCAGGAAGAAUGCAGCUACCUUGUGAUCUGGGAUGCCCCUGUCUGACUAUCCAGGCACACAGCUGUGGGGUGAACAGUCUCCACAUUAGAGAGACUUGUGCAGGGCAGUAUCUUGUGGCCAGUGGCAGUGAUGAUGGGUCCAUCCACGUCUGCGUGGUUGCUAUUGAAAUGCCCCUAAUUCCACGGGCCUCAUCACAAGAGGACAGGAAGCUCACUCCAAAGACCUGUGUUCAUGUGAUACAGAAGUUUUCUGUGGUUUCUGCUCACGCUGCCCAUGUGACAGGACUAAGAGUCCUGAGACCAGACCUCCUGGUCUCUGCCUCUGUUGACCAGCGCUUGACAUUCUGGAGCCUGGGGCCUGCUGGCCUAGCUUUUGUGAGCAGCAGAAUCUGCCAUGUGGCUGAUGUGUCUGAAAUUGACUGCUGGGCCAGCAAGCCAUGCAAAGGCUAUCACUGUGUCCUCUCUGGACAAGGUUUGGAGAUCAUCCACUGGACAGGGUGAGCAGUACUCUGGGAACAGCCAGAAAAUCCACCCUACAGCUGGACUUCAUGGAGCCUUUGUCCUUGGCAAUCCCAAUCCUGGUUCUGUCCCUACUCCAGGCAAUGUGUCAAAUACUUGAUCCUGUUCAGGGAAGGAAUAAAAAAGCUACGAGUGAUCCUGGCACCUAAGACACCUCAUUUCAUGGAGAAAACAAAAGACUCAGGAUGUUGGAACAUAAGGACUGCUGUCUCUGGGAUAUCUCUGGGCUUACCUCACCAAAGAGGAUCCUCACACUCCCCCUUCACUGUACAGCCUGGUGCCCAGCCUGUGAGCCCCACACUCAGCUGCCCUUUCUUUCUGGUGAAGACAGGCUUGAUUAUUCAGAAUCCUGUGCCAAAUGGGUGAGCAGGUAUUGCCACCCUUUGAUCCUCCAGUCAUUGCCCCCUGACUCCUGGGAGUUUGUGUUUGGACUAGCCAGACUUGAGUGAAGUGCCAGAUCACAGAGCCAUGGGGCCAGGUACUAUGACCAGUGCUACAGUAAAUUCAGGGGCCUCAAGGAUAUUUUGUAUAUGUAAAGUGGGUAUUGGCUCAUUGGCUGUGACUUAGAGAGGACAACUGUCCCUGAAUGGUUUUGAUGAGCCUCCACCUGCUGCAGGAGUCUUCCAGAAGAAUGUGCACCUACCUCCCCCAGUGAGUGUCCAUUUAGAAAAGUGCUCUCCUGGCUUUCUCCCACAAGUGCUGAUUGCACAGUUGAGUUGGGAAAUGAAAAAGACCAGGGCUGGGAGAGAACUUUGGCAGGCACUGAGUAAGGUGAUAGGGGCUAUAGGUGAAAAUUGGAUAUGAAUUGUUAAAUCAGGAAACCCUAAAGGCAGAGUUUUAGCCACAGUCUCUCCAGUAAGAUGACUUAAAAGAUGGCUGCUGAGUGAGACCAAUGGAGGAGCAAGGGAGACUUGGAAGUGUAUUCCCCUCCACCUUCCAGCCCCCCACAUCAGGAGAACAAACCUUGGGUUUGCCUCUAUCCGUGAUGCCACGUUCUUUUGUCCAUCCUUAUCUCUUGUAAGCUCUUUGAGGACAAGGACUGUUUUGUCUUUGUACUCCCAGCACCCAAUACACUGGCUUGUGCACGUGUUUAAUAAAUGCUUAUUAAGUUGGAUUACUAGUUGUGGCUCACACUGCAACUUUGUGGUUUGAGCCUGCUUCCUUACAGUGUGAAUUCUGCCAAUGAGCAACAGAAAGAGCUAGUGUGGGUACUGUAAUGACAGCAGGAGUGGAGGGUUCCCUCAUCCCUUUACACUCCCUUGCUCCACCUCUAUGCUCAUGUCUGUGCUUGAUGAGACUGGGGCAGGAGGUGAAGAAUGGAUUUAGAGGUUAAGAUUAAAAUUCCAACUCAGCUGUUGUUCCUCCUGAGCAGAAACCCAAGAUGCCCACCUCAUAACCAACAAAGCACUUUAUUUAGAUAGAAAUAUUAGUUUGCUGCCAGCUUCUGCCAGCAGUCCAGGGGCUUUUGGGGCCCUGACGGUACUAGAAGGAUUUCUCCUUGUUUGUUAAUAAAUCAAAGUGAUGUUAAA